CCGACUUCGAUGAGGAACUCUGUUAAAACGAGCAGCCUCACAGAACCCUCGAAGAGAAAGUUGCAGGUCAGACGAGCAGGCAAGAUGAGAGCACGAGGAGCAAACGGAACGACCGAGCAAACGCAAAAUGCCAAUCAAUGGCUGGACUACAACCAAAGCCACACCCAACAGUUCUUCAUUGCUGGUGGAGAGCUGGGACUCAAACACGUCUACACAGAGCUCUCUGUUCUCCUCCUGGUGGUCUACCUUCUAGUAGUUAUUGGUAACAGUGUGGUUUGCAUUGUAGUGAUGCUGGAGACCAAGCUGCACACACCCAUGUAUAUUUUCCUCGGCAAUCUCUCCAUGGCAGACAUCAUCAUCACAACCAGCGUUCUCCCCAAGUUCAUAUCUGUGGGCUUACUGAAUGACAUUGCCAUUUCCUACUCAGGGUGCUUCUUGCAGCAGAACACCUAUUUGUCAUUUCAAUCAGUUGAGAGUCUUCUGCUUGGUGUCAUGGCUUAUGACCGCUACGUGGCCAUCUGUAAUCCUCUGCGCUACAAUGACAUCAUCACUCCCAGAACAUGUGCUUUACUUGCAAUGUGCACCUUGAUAGCAGGUAUACUCAUUUCCUCCUAUAAUGUACUACUUGCAUCUCAAUUAUCUUUCUGUGGGAGCCACAUCAUGUUCUGGUUUUGUGAUUUCCCUCCUGUUAUUGCACUGUCCUGUUCAGACUCAACAUUCCUGCUAUUCUUGGCGCUAGCAUCUGCUCUGGCAAUAACUGUUGCUCCAAUGACUGUAAUUGUUUGGACAUACACUAAAAUCAUUUUAUCAAUUUGCAGAAUAAAAUCUGUAGAUGGCCGUAAAAAGGCCUUCUCCACCUGCUCCUCACAUCUCAGUAUUGUAAUCCUGUUCUAUUUUGCACAUAUGUGUGUCUAUAUAAGUUCCACGGUAAAAAAUGUUCAUCCGAAUGUUCUCAUCUUGAUCUCCAUCAUGAAUUGUUUACUGACUCCGUUUGCGAACCCCAUCAUUUACAGCUUGAGAAACAAAGAGCUGAAGACUGCUAUUCAAAAACACUUCCACAUCAAGGUUUUAAUGUGACCAAAGGGUUUCUCUUGUUUACAUACCCUGUUUAUUCCCCAAUAAUCUUUUUAUUCUUCUUUUGUUUAGAUUUAUGUUGUGAAACACACAGGAUAUAUUUUUCUUUCACAUGUCCUGUCAUCGUGCACCCAUACCUAAGUCAGUGGUCUUGGGACAUUUUAAACAGGCUUAAACUGAAAUCUUUGCCAUUUUGCAUGUCUUUGAGACUUUUCUUUCUAAAAGUGUUUUUUUUUUUCCUUUGUUCAGUUUGGAAAAUUCCACCAGUAGUUAAUGACUUGUGUAUCAGCAAUUAAACAAUAAUAACGUAGUAUGACAGGGAGAGUGAAGUAUAAUGCCUAAGGAAGGUAAUUGCUGGAGCAAGAUACUUAACUUUAAAUUGUGUCUGUAUAUAUCCAGCUGUAUGAAUGGACACUAAAUGCAAAAAUUGUGUAAAUUGCUCUGGGUAAGAGAAUCUGCUAGAUAUCAGUAAUGUCAUGUACUGUAGCAUUUUUAAACGACAAUGUAAACUCCUUUGCUUGUAUGAGACAAUGUUCUUAUGAGUAUGCUCUUGUAAGGGGACUGCAGGCUGAUUGGAGUGGCACUUUUACCAUCGUCUUUUUCACGCCUCUAAACUAUUACAAUGGCGUUCCCAGCCCAGCUACACACUGCAUGUUUUUGUGACAAUAAAACAGUGAAAAUGAACCAAUUUUUCAGACAGUCUUUCUUUGGCCACGUCCAGUGCCUGUUUUUUUUUUUUUUUUUUUUUUUUUUUUUUUUUCCUCCAGUGCUGGCUUUGCUUUCUUAAAAAUAGAACCAAUAAUAUAAUUUAUGUAAACACACAGCAAAAAUUCUACAAAAAAGAAAGAAAAAAAGUUUUUUUUCAGUUAUUAAGGUGCUGUUUCCUUCAGAUCCCAGUUUCUCUCAGGUUCCAAAUACAGUCAAUAAAAUGUCAACUCCCGUCACACACAAAUUCACAGUGUGAGUUUAUCUGUUGGAUUCCUGAACCAAUUAGCAUCCUCUGUGGAGGAGCAGGACAGGUUCUCCUGGGACUUGUAGUUGGCACAACAGUAGAAACCCUGGAGAGAAUUCUGAGGAAAGCUUAAGGAAAGCCAGUUACCCAAUACACAUAGGUUACUUCAGAAACUCACCAGGUACAGAGCUGGAUUUAAGCAUCUCUUUCUCUGUGGAAAUGCAUCUCAACAAAAGCAUGUUUCCAUUUCAACAUACAAAAAUGGCAAGUUACUCACACAUACAAAGGGCUGUCUAUCAGUCAUUAAAACUUGAAAAAUCAAGGCCUGCUGUUGAAAGUGUUGAUAUCAAAAUGAGGCCAAAUUACAACAAACAAUAUUGGCAAUCUUAGCUCACACAAUCUCUAUUCCAAAACAAUGCUA